AUGUUAAACGAUUGGGAGCGUUUGACUUUUUUCCCGUUAAAAUGGAUCUCUCUUGGUGGUUUGCACCCCAAAACUGGGGGUUUUUUUGUCAAAAUUUUAUUUUGGUACAAUUUCGGGUGUUUUGGUACUAUUUUAGGACUCGCAAUUACGCAGAUUUGCCUCUCGUAUGAGAAUAUCUACUACACGAUUGACAGUAUUUUGACAAUUGUGUUAUAUCUUCACAUUAUCAGUAAAUACGUUAGUUUGCGCUUGCAUAGAGACACUCUGGCGACUCUGAUUCAACUACAAUCGAGAUUUUGGAAAAUUGACACUUUUGAUUUGACAAUACGUCAAAAAUGUGUCAAAAUUUUGACAAAAAGUUUGACUAUUAUCAAAUCUUACUUGGGUUAUAGUCUUGUGGUUGUGACAAGUUUCCUAAUUAGGCCCAUAAUCACCGGGGAAUUACCCGUUUCUAUGUAUGUACCACGAGGCACAUACUAUAUUUUUUUUGUCUUGUUUAUGACAUUCACACCGGGGAUAAUGUCAAGUAUUUGGGGUGUUGAUACUUUGUUUUAUUCAAUCGCAACCCCAGUUUCCAUACAGUUUAAAUUGCUAGCACACAAGUUUGAAACAAUUGACCUGAAGAAGAAUUCGAAACAGGUGCGACAAGAAUUUCAAAAAUUGGUCAAUUAUCACAAUUUUUUAAUCAACUAUUGUCAAAUAAUUAAUAAAAUGUCGAGCGAAAUCUUUUUGACACAGUAUCUAGUGGCUAUUGCAACGUCCUGUUUGCAAUUAUUCAUCACAUCACAGCCGGAGUUUGAUUUUUUGAAUAAAAUCAAAUGUUUGUCAUAUUUUAUAAUGCAAAUAAUUGAAACUGGGAUUUAUUGUUUCACGGCUCAGUUGAUUUCCGAUAGUGCUGAAAAUGUCGGUAAUGCAGUUUACAAAUCGGCAUGGUACGACUGCAAUCCUAGUACCAGGAAAAAUAUAGCGCUGGUUUUAGUGAGGUCUCAGAAAAAAUUUGCUUUUAAUGGACUUGGGUUAGUUUGGAUCAAAAUGGAGACUUUUACCAAGAUUUUCAAGACGGCUCUCUCAUUCUACACGUAUCUCAACACUAUGGUGUACCAGAAUUAG